AUGUCUAAUUGUGAUAGUCCACUAUGCUUAACUCCAACAGAUAAAAGAAAAUUGAAUGUAAAAUUAAAAGUUCCAGAUGAAUUAUUAAAUUAUACUCCUUUGGAAUAACUUUCAAUUCCUAAAAAUCCAAAAAUUCGAUCUUCAUUCUUUAAUUUCCUUAGUGGAAAUAUAAAUGAAAAAGAAUUCGUUAAAUUUAAAUGUUUUCCCUCUCAUUAAGAGUAAGGGGUCUAAGUUGUGACUAAAAUAAGAAAUAGACAUCAAGAUCUUACUUUAUAAUUGAAAAAAUAAGCAGCAAUUGAUAAAGCUAGAUAAAGAUGGCAUAAAUUAGCAGAAGUAUUGUUAACUUAAUUAUAGAGGUGAUUCGUUAAAAUAUACAAUUACGAAAAUAGAUAGAUACAAAUUAUUAAUCUAAAAUUAUCAGUAGGAUUGAAUUAGGACUCAAAAUAUAGAAUUAAUAAGCUCAUUAAUCAAUUAUCAUUGAUGAUCUAAAAAAUCAUUAAUUAAGAACUAUGACAAUAAUCAAAGAAAAACAUUAAAAAUAAAAUUAAUCUUGUUUCAUUUCUCCUAAACAUUAUUAUUAUACUCUUUAAGGAUAUUUAUAAAAUUAAUCAGAUGAAUACUUAUAUAUUUACCAUCAAAAUCUUCCAAAUACUUCUAAAUUAACAGAUAAAUAAUAUAAUCAAUUAUUAUAAACUUACCUAAAUAAAAAAUAAUUAUUUGAAAAAUAUUAAGAAGAAAUAAAAUAAAGAAAAAUCAUAAAAUGGAAACCCUUAAAAAGUUAGAGUACCUUUUACAAUUCAAGUAUGAGUUCUAAAUCAUUUGGAUUGAAUAUUAAUAAACCUAUGCAAAGAAUGUCAAACCCCCUUUAAUCUUAAUAGUAAUAACGAUAAAAAGAAUACAAUUUGAUCAAUAGAAUUAAUGAAUUAGCUAAUCCAAAAGUAGCUAACAAUGUUAAAACAAAAAAGUUCUUUAGACAAUAACAAAUUAAUUCUAAACUUAAUGGAGUUGUUAAACAUAAUAGAAUAUUCUCAUUUAAUUAAAUAGAUAAGGAAGAAGAUGAUGUAUUAGAUUUAUCAAAUGCAUCCAUAACUGAAGCUUUACUUGAUUAAUUGUAUUUGGGUUCAUAAAAAUUAUAAACUAAAUUAAGGUAAUAACCUACUGUCCAAAAGAAAGUAAGAGAUAUCCUUAGAUUAUAAGAAAUGAAAGCCAAUACAAUUAAUGCAAAUUAUUAAAAAUUGAAUAAGUACUAAUAAUAGCAUUAAUGA